AUGUCGGAAGUCCCUGUUCUCUGCAACCAAUGUUUAGGUCUGAAUGGUCAUGUUCGAAUGAUAAGACAGCUGUUGGGCGAACAGUGCAAAAUAUGUACGCGACCUUUUACGGUGUUUCGAUGGAGUCUUGCCGGAGAACACAGGCAGCUGAAGAAAACAAUUCUUUGUACUACGUGCGCCCAAGCCCGCAACUGCUGCCAAUCUUGCAUGGUAGACAUUGACCAUGGGAUUCCACUUGAUAUACGGGAUGCUGCUUUGAAGAUGGCAGGUGUGGAAAAUCCAUAUGCGGUAGAAAGCCUGUCCAGAAAUUCCGAGGUGAAUGCGAUAAUGGCCGAUAAGUUAGAACACCAGAGUAAGGGCAUACGUGCCAACACCGAAGAGAAGCGUGAGAAUGCUAAGAAGAUUUUGGGAGCUUUAUCGAGCAAAUUGUCUGGCCGCUCUGUUUCUCGGCCCAAACAAAAAGAGCUCGAGGUUUCAAACAAAGACCUCAGCAAGACAAUCUCCAAGCUCCCUUUCGGUGGCUCGAUAGAUUCACCAGAAGACACAACCAUCAAGUCGUUCUUUGUGUUUGGGUUUUCUGCUGAUACACCACAGUAUUCAAUCACGUCCUUCUUCGAAAAAUUCGGGUCAUUGGACCUGGUGACGAUUAUACACCAGGCUCGUUGUGGGUACGUAUCUUUUGCCAAGCGGAGCUCGGCAGAAGCUUGCGCCCAACACUUGAAAACUAAUGGACAUCAUAAAGGUUCCAAGACGGCAGCUCUACUACUACUCGAUAAAAAAGAACCAGUCAGAGUAAGUUGGGGUGCGCCUAAGAAUCUUGGCAAUUCUAAAGAGGAGCAGAACAAGAUAGCUAUUGUGGUCAACAAAGUCAUGAAACAAUUGGCCGACAAAGACGUAGCCGGGGGCCGCGGCGGCCGCAGACGCGAUUCGGCCAAGAGUAGCUCCAAGUGCGGCACACCUCUGAAAGUAACAGGGCCGACCGUAAAAAAAUCAUACAAGAGUAUGUCGGAGGACUUCGAAAUAUAG